GUUGUUUAUAUUUUCGAUGGUCUCGUUCCUGCUGCAAUUUGAGACUAGGUCCUAAUUAGCGACAGAACGUAGCGAUGUCAAGAUGCUUGCUACUUGAAGGCUGAUUCCCCAUGUAAAUCCCUGGUCCUCUAAUUGGCUACUUCCGGUUGUAUACUUAGGUAUGACUGUACUUAGAUGUCUUUUACUGAAGUUGCAAACUGCGGUAUAAAUAUGAAAAUCCCUUGCAUUGGAAUUAUACUGACUUUAUAUCUUGCAACCGAAAUUUCAGAGGGAGCAGGACGUUUUAAUUGCAAAAAGCCAACACUUGAAAAUGGUUCAGCUCGAAUACGAAGUAAAGGUCGACUUGUUAGGUUUCGCUGUAAGAGACGAUUCAAACUUUACGGGGCUAAAGUAGCUAUCUGUAGAAAUGAAGAAUGGACUUUUCCCACGCCGGUUUGCGUUGCAAAUGGUAAAAAAUGUCCAAAAUUAAAGAAAAAUAAAGAUAUGUUAAUAACCUCAAAUCUAAGGAACGGACUUCUGAAGUAUUCCUGCAAGUCUGGGUUUAAAUUAAUUGGAAACAGUCUUUUGUAUUGUGACGGAUCGAAGUGGAGCAGUGAAGUACCACAAUGUAUAUAUGUGGAACCAAAGAAAUCCUGUGAUUUUGAAACAGAGGAUUUAUGCGAUUGGGAACAAGAUAAAUCGGACACUUCAUAUUUUGACUGGACACGAACUACAGCUGCCCAGAUAAAACAUUCUACAGGAACUGGACCCACCUCGGACCACACAUACCCAGACAAAAACACAGGUCACUACCUGUUUAUGGAAGCUUCCAGACCUAGAAUGCCGGGGGAUUACACUACUCUGUUGUCACCAUACUACAAUCCAGUGGAAGCUGGUCUCUGCUUUGAAUUCUGGUAUCAUAUGCUUGGACAAGAUGGAGAAGGGAGUGUAGGUUCACUGAAAGUUGGAAUAAAAGAUUCUGAUGCUAGCUCUUCUAAUCUACGCCCUGUAUGGAAUAUUUCUGGUAACCAAGGUAAAAGCUGGCACAAAGGGUCAUUAGAAAUCGGAAAAAGGACCUCCCUUUUCCAGAUAGUAAUUACUGGCACUCGUGGCGAUGACCAUCGCGGUGACAUAGCGAUUGAUGACGUCUCCAUCACCAACUGUACAAAAGACUACACUACAACCGAAUCAUCAACAGCUUCAACUUCUUUCAAUGAGUCAUUCACAUCAUCUAAAACAAUAACAACAAAUAAAGCUCAACAAUCAAUAACCGUUACGCAAGAGACCAGCUCUGUGGAAGAAACAGAGAAAACACAAAAUACAAAUUCAGUGGACCUAACAACGGAUACCACACAAGAAGCAAUAACUACGCGGGAGUCAACAAUACGUCAUACAACUCUCAGUCACGUGACUUCUAAUGUGACAAGCGUGACAAAAGGACGUCAUAUCAAAACGAGUACAGAAUCAGAGCUCACAAACCUGACUCCGGAUACAACAACAAUCCCUGUAGGGGAGACAUCUAUUUCAGUCACAACAAAUACUAAAACUACCAAUAUAAAGACCCCAAAACAGGGCAUCAAACCAACAGCAAAUACGGCAACAUCGACAACAAAGUCUUUCGUAACCACAGAGUUUAAAACAAAACCAACUGAUAAGGAAUCAAAAGCACAACAAACCACGCUUGCCACUUCAGGAUUCAAAACAAAAAUACAAACCACCAACCAGUUAGGAAAUCCAACGACCACCCCCGUCUCCACAUCAACAUUAAGCUCUUCAAAGAAACCGACAAAAAUCUGGACGAGUACGGUAAAAUCAACUGCCGCCACAAAAUCUUUGUCAUCCUUCACCAAAAAGCCAACAAAAAUCACGACUGUGAAAUCAAGUACAACAACUACCGUUACUUCAGCAUCAAGCUCCAUCUCCAAGCUAGCAAAAAUAACUACUUUACCACGUUCUACGAAGAAAUUAACCACUACCACCAUCGCUACGUCACAAUCACAAUCAACCUCAAAGCCAGCUAAAAUCCGGACAACAACACUAAGGUCUACCAAAAAAAUAACCACUACAUCCGCCGCUACAUCGCAAUCAAGAUCCACCACAAAGCCUGCAGAUAUUACGAAAACAACAGGAAAAUCGGGAACAACUAUCACCAUGUUACCCUCAAGCUCCACCACAAAACCAACAAAAAGCCGCACAACUUCACUAGCUUCUACCAAAAAAUUAACCACUGUCCCUACAACCGCCACAUCUCCAUUAAGCUCCACAAAAAAAUCAGUCUUUACUACAGUCUCCAGAAAAACAGGAUUGACAACCACUCAGACAUCCACCACUUCAACAGGAAAAACAAAAUCCUCAACAAGAAAAGCGAUAAAAACAAGUUUCAAAACAACUAAAACCCCUUAUCAAACUAUCUCAACCACAACUUUAAGUACAUCAACAGCUCGGUCUUCUGCUCCUAGCACAAUUUCCUAUCUAACAACAUUACGAAAUUUUGAUUUUUAUAAUAAUACCAUAAAUGAAGACGUACAUUUUGUUACGACACAUUCCACAAACGACACAGAUAUUCCUAAUAUAAUAGUAGUUGGACGACAAUCCGCCUCUGACGAUCCGCCCGUCCGCACUCUUUUGAUCGGACUAGCAGCAGGGGUGGCAGUAGGACUUGUGAUUGUUGUUGUAGGAUGUUAUUUGUGGAUUCGAAGGAAGCGCAGGAAGGAAUUAGAAUGUGACGAAAUGAUGCCAAUCACAAAAACAGGUUCUCAAGAAUGGUGAAUGAUCUCAAUUUUAA